GGAAGCUCAUCACUUAAACAGGUUCCUUUUGGCAAAACUCAGUAUGAGUGCUAUUUCGAAGGUUCCGAACCGCAAAAAGCUUAAUCAGGCUUUAGAGUCUAUAGCAAGCGGUGGCUAUUCGUUGGAUGAUGGAUACAAUGAUACCAUGAAACGCCUAAAGGCUCAAUCCAGCGGAAUGCCGACCGAUUCGAUCAUAUUACUAUCUUUCGUAACCCAUGCUUCUAGAGAACUCACAGUCUCAGAGCUAGAGCACGCCCUGGCAAUUGAAGUCGACGAGUCAUCCUUUGACACAGACAAUAUUUCAGACUUGAGAGAAGCGAUUGAUUCAUGUAGUGGACUCCUUGAGAUUGACCCCGAAGACCAAAAGGUCAUGCUGGUCCACCACACCGCCAAGGAGUACUUUGAUCGUACGAAAGAAACUCAUUUCCCUGACGCAAGCGCAAUGAUUACUGAGAGGUGUCUCGCAUAUCUUUCUGACGGCAAUCUAACGGGUCCAUGUCAAUCUUAUGAAAGCUACAGUUUGAGAGUAGCGUCCUUCCCAUUUUUAGAGUACGCCGCUCAAAACUGGGGAUUUCAUGCUUCCCAAGGAGAAGUUCAGAGGACUCUAAGUGCAAAUAUUUUGGCCUUCCUACGCAAGACAUCUAAUGUCGCGUGUUCUGCUCAGGCACUGCUUCAGUCUCCGGACCACCGGUGGUAUGUGCAUGGAUCAAUUGAGCCGCAGAUAUCCCAGGGCAUCUCAGGACUUCACAUCUGUGCAUGGUUUGGACUUCUCCUUACAGCAACUCAACUCAUCGAAGAGGAAGUAGAUGUGAAUAUUGCCGACCAUAAUCAAAGGGGUCCCUUGUGGUAUGCCGUUUACAACAGGAAGAAAGAAGCCGUCACGUUGUUGCUGAAAAAUGGGGCAGAGAUUUCAACUGACGGGCCUCUAUUGCCAGUUUUUGAAGAAUGUGUCAGAAGCAGCGACCCAGAAAUUGUCAAGCUUUUGGGCGGCUUUCAGAACUACAACGCAGAUUGCUGCAGCGAUAUGCUGAAGCUCGCGGCCCAGAAUCCUCACUAUGGAGCCGGCAUGGCGGAGCUGGUGCUCGAUUCAUACCCCAACGUUCUAAUGAAGGAAAUAUACGAAGAGUUCAUACUAUCGAGUGUGGCCAACCACUUGUGUGCGAAGUCCAUCCUUAGCAUGCUCAUCAAUCGUGGAUGGAAGAUUCCUAUCGAUCUGAAUAUAAUAAGAGUCCUGUCAAAUGACAUCUCAUCCGGUGCAGAUAUUCUUAAAUGUUUAUUAGCUCAGGGUGGUAUUAAGCUCGAUGCUUCUAUUUUUGAGGCUGCAGCUAGUGGGAUGUCAAGCGAUGUUAUGGGAGAACUCCUGGAUUAUCAGCCAGGAUUUAAAUUCGGCGUGGAUAUUCUCCCACUCACGGCGGAAGUCAAUGAGGAGAUGUUCCUCGCAGUUCUCAAACGCCACCCACAUUUCGAAGUUACGCAGCAAAUGUUGGACAGGCUAGUUCGAAAUACUACUCUAAGAUCAGCAGCGAUGGAAGCGCUUUUCGAACACGCCCCACAAGGGAGCCUAAAAAUCGACGACCGCAUCAUAAUAUCCUCUAUUAGGGCCACAUACUGCGGUUCUCCUCUCAUGCAGUGGCUUCUUACUCGCUAUGUGGACUCUCAACAAGGAGGAAUUCCGGAGAAAAUAUUAGUGGCUGCAGUGGAAUGCGAUGAUACUAUAAGAAUGCUGAGCAUUAUUAAGUCAUUCGAGCCCAAUUUCAGGGUAACAUCCAGGGUUAUUCUAGCUGCCAUAACAUUUCGCGUUACGUCUACACCCCCAAAAAUCGACGUAGUCGAGUGGUUAUUGCAACAUGAUCCGCAUUACGAAAUCGAUGAAGAUCUAUUGACGGAGGCUCUAAAGACGGUCAGCUACGACGGGAUUCGCAUGCUACUAUUGCAUAAGACGCCACGGCCAACGCUCCCCAUGUUUUCAGCCUGCAGGGAUUUACCUACCUUGGAAUUGCUGGUAACGCAGGAAGAGUGUAUUUCCGAUCCAGAUAUUGUCGACGUCAUAACAGAAACGGCACUCCGACUGGGGAGUGACGAAGAAUCCAUUCGCAGAGUAUUGGGUCGUAUUCCAAAGCAGCACAUGCGGAUUACUCCCGCUACAUUAAAAUCUGCGGCUGCAAACACAUCUACCAUUGGCGCUGUGCAGUGGGUUUUGGACCAUGAUCCCACAUUAGAGGUUACCCCUUCUGUCUUCGAAGUUGCAGCACAUGGCUGCGGCAGUCUCAAAAAGAUGGAACUCUUAGCAUUGAGGAGCCCAGGAGUUAAAAUGACGGAAGAGGUACUACUAACAGUUUGUGAUUAUGGAGAUAUAAAGGCGCUGCAAUGGGUGCUCGAUCGAACUGAAGAUAUUACACAAAUUACGUCUCGAGUCCUGGCAGUCGCGGCCGGCGGUCGGUCUUGCAAGAAAGAUAACGUUGGCUAUAUGAAGCUGUUAACUGCCCGUAAUCCUUCUGUUGCGGUCACUGAAGAAGUCAUGAUCCGCGCAUGCCGGGUUGCAAAGUGGAGGAAUACACACUCCCUAGUAUGGCUAUUGGCUGAAUAUCCUCAUCAGCAGCUACUCUCGGAAGCUCCAAUGGCCCAUCUUUUUCGAGAAGGCCAAUCUCCUCCAGUUGUGGAAAUAGUCAAGCAGUACUUACCCGAACUAAGCAUCACAUCGGCGUUGUUGGCCACAGCUGCUAACAAUCCAUUUUCGGAAAAGCCUCUUGAGCUUCUAUUAUCUUUCGACGUUAAAGAACUCUUUUCUGAAUCCCUUCUUAUCCUUGUGGUGGAGUCAAAGAAAGCUGCAGCGAAAUUAAAUGUCCUCUUCAGGCUGCAUCCAGAAGUUGUCGGGGUAAACGAUGCUGUGCUCUGUGCUGCUUCUGAGAGCCGCCAUGGGCCAGGUGCCCUGCAAUGGCUGAUCGGGUUCUUGGAACCUAGAGAACCAAAUCAACCGCCCAUCUCAGCUCAGGAAGCGAUAAUAUGGUAUCUUAAUCGAGAUCCACCUCCUUUGAUUACCCAGGAAAUGAUUGUGGCAUCAGCACGAGAGCCAUGGGACACAGAGGUGUUGGCCCUGCUUCUUAGGCGUAACCCCACAUUUACCAUCUCCAAAGAGAUGGCCGAGGCAGUUUGCAGCAACUGGCGAUUUGGAGAACACCAGUUCAGGGUCCUGCUCAACCAUAACAAGCACAUCCGAGUCUCGGAUGAGGCUCAAUCUGUGGUCUUCAAAUCUAGGACCAAGGAAGCAACCAUGAUCUAUAAGCUUCUAAUGGAGCAUAACGACGACAUUGAUUUUCGGUAAGCCUGCAGGCUUACUGAUAAAUCGAUAAUAACAAUGUUGAACACGAUGGCACUACGAAGUGCUCGUUUCACAGAGUAUGCCAGCGACAUGGCUCUUCAUCAUCUCUAUCCCAGCCAAUUCACUUUGGAAAUCUGGAGAUAAAACGAAAUAAACCCUUACGAUCUGAUAAUGAUAUAUGACACGACAUGACAUGACAAACAUUUACUGCUAUUUAUUCUCAAUUUGUUCUCGAUGUUUUCACAGCGAUUAGUGUCACUGCUUGCAACUGUUUUAUGCCUUUAUAGAGAGUUUUUUUUGACAGAUCAAGCUAUGAACUAGACUAGAGAAAUUGAUGGACGAAUGCUUCAUGGGUUUAUUGGGCAGUGUUCGGCACGGAUACCAAUAUACCCUUGGUAUCCGGGUAUAUACCCGAGUAUAUACCCUACCCGUCGAUAUUCUAGAGUAUCCGGUGUAUCCGGGUAUAUACCCGGGUAUAUGCCAAGAGUAGCCAAGCAUCGCUAAGGCUUCAUUUUACAGACGUCGUCUCGACGAUAUGCUUAAACUAUUGCCUUAUAAGCAUACUAAUAUCCUUAAUAUCUAAUUAUUACCUAUUACUUAGGCUAUUUAGUAGUUCUAGUAACCUCUAUAGUCUUAAAAUGAG